CCUGAAGAUGUAGGCGACAUAUUCCUCCGAAACGUCGGUUGACUGUAAAUUGAACUAUACGGAUUUAUGUCUCUGAAAAGUAUAACACUUUCUUUUCGAUAAAUCGUUUCAUGAUCACUGCUUCUUCAACGUGAAACGUUUGGCAUAAAAUAUAUAUGUAUAUCAUAAUUUGUAAUACCGCACAUAUUCACGUUUUAUAAGUUAAAUGCAGAAAUUUUGGCAAACAUAGUGUGUAACGUUACUUACAUUUGUAAUUCUAAUGAUUGGAAUGUCGUGAGUGACUACGAAAUCCAAAGUUACAUAGUGUCAUUCAUUUAUAUCUGCAUAUACGGAGGUAACCUCUACUGUAGUAUGGCUACUCAUGCUUCAGAAGACAUAAUAUCAGAUGAGAAUCGAAAGGAGACGUAUGGAGUGAGUGGUGAUUCAUUGACAAACCAGCCUCUAUCAGAUGUGCAUUACAACUGGAUAGAUGUGACUGAUGAAUUUUUUAAAGCCGUGAAAGGGCUGGAGUUAGGAGAGUUACUGCAUGAUGAACUUUUUGGGCUCUUUGAGGCAAUGUCUGCUAUUGAGAUGAUGGAUCCAAAAAUGGAUGCUGGGAUGCUUUGCAACAGAGGCAACAAGGCAGCACUCAGCUUUGAUCAGGCAGUAGAGGUAGGAGCUUUGAAACUUCAAGAUCUGAGUUUGCCAGAAGAGAUUGGUAUAAUUGAUUCAACGUUGUCCUGUUUGGUAUCCUGGCUGGAAGGGCAUUCUCUAGCUCAGACAGUGUUCACCAACCUUUACCUUCACAAACCACAUCACAUUGAAGACAGGGUCAUGAAAGCCUUUAGUAUAAGCAUUUUUAAAAUAGUGGACAUUAUCAAAGACUUUGUAAAUAGAGCCUUGGUAUUUGAAGAGGAAGAUUUUCAACCUAUGGUAUAUGGUUACCGGCUGAUACCUGAUGUAUCUGAACCUCGCACAAUGGGCAUGUUAAAGGAGGUAGAAGAAGAGCUGCACCGCCGGACACGCAGCAAACCAUCAGAUUCUUGUUUGAGUGAUGAGCAUGAAGAUGUGGUGGCAUUGUACUCACGCAUUAAGUUCAUGAGGCUACUAUAUCAAGCACUGGUUUGUCUUGGUCGCCGGGAACAACCUGGGCUGGGUGACUGUCACAGGCUCUUGGGUAGUUGUUCUGAGCUAUUGGUCACCAUGCAGAAGACUGUAAACAGAGGACUUCAACCUGAAAUGGAAUCUGAUCACCCAACAAUACUGGGAUUUGAUCCCCUUGUUAAUCAGCGGUUACUACCACCCACAUUUCCUCGAUACACAAAAAUUAAGUCUCGUAUUGAAGCUUUGGAGUAUUUUGAUGAAUUGCUGAACAGAUUAAAAGUUGUGUGUAAAAUUACGAGUCACACCUCAUUUCACAGUGCACUGGAUUUCUUCAUUGACUUCAGUCGGCAUGGGCCAUGCAUCCUUUCCCGCUCCAUACUACAAUUAAUGUAUCUUCCCCAAUGCAACAGAGUAUUUGGUACCUUUAAUUUUGUGGAUGUUCUACGAGAUGCUGCUAAGAACUUCAUAUUUCCACCAGCUCUAAUGCCAAAGUCAACUUUAUUGAACAAUGCUCAGGCAAAGGAAUAUGUAGAAACUUUCCUUAAUCAUUGUGUUCGACCAUUUGGCAAUCUUAUGCAGCUGUGUGGUCACAAUCGAGCAAGACAGCGCGACAAGCUGGCACAUCUACUAGAAGACUUUGCUACAUUGCAAGAUGAGGCAGAACGGGUGGAUGCAUAUUUGCAUAAUCUUUCUCUCAAGUCAGACUCACCUCGUCCACAUCUAGCCUGUUUUGGUACAUGGAUACUGUAUCACACAUUAAGGAUCAUGAUAAUGUACCUGCUUUCUGGUUUUGAGCUGGAACUGUACAGUAUGCAUGAAUACCACUAUAUAUUCUGGUAUCUAUAUGAAUUCCUCUAUGGCUGGCUGGUGUCUGCAUUGUCAAGAGCAGACAGUUUCCUCAUGGAACAGGAAGCAAUUGCUGAGAGUCAUAGAGGUCGUGGUGCAAAGAAAAAUAAGACAAAGAAGAAGAAGACAAGACCUUAUGGAAGAGAAAUAGCUAUGUACCAAGCACUGCAAAACUUGUGUGGUGGAUUCUACAAAGCAAUGGUUGGUUUUCGACUGGAUGGGAAGAUCAAGCUACCUCACACUGAAUUCGACAACGAACAGGUGCGUUAUGAACAUCGAUUUGCUCCAUUUGCAAGUUUAAUGACACCUCCACCAAUGCAGUAUGCUGAGUUUCGAGAUAUGACAUCACUCCUUCGUUAUGAACAGCCACCCAGCAGUACCAACUUGUACCUAGCAGGCUGCCAGCAUUUUCAUAAAGCUCGUUCCAUGCUGGAGACCAUCAACACUCCAGAUCAAGAAGUAAGUGACCUUCUAAAAGUCGCCAAAACUAACUUUGUGGUUCUCAAGCUUCUUGCUGGAGGUCAUAAGAAGGACUCAACGAAUCCACCAGACUUCGAUUUUACUGGACAUCACCAUUUUCCAAUUAUCAGACUCUUGUGAAGAUAAAUGCACAGUUUCACACACUAACACAACGUGUGACAAGUUAAUAAUUUAUUCUAUGUAUUACAUUUGGUGAGUUCUUCAGUGGGCCACUAAUUCUUAA